AUGGUUCAAAAGUAUUUACCGAGUAAGCAGGGUGGACCGAGAAGCGACGGCAGCAGCUGCUGGGUGCUGCAACAGGAACGUGGACUGACCUCCGGAAGGGAUCAGCUUCCCACCCUCAGCUCUGUUGCUCGAAAGGUUUCUUCCCAUGAAUCUGCAGCCAAGCCAUUGACCUUCACAUUUGUUCCAUCCAUUGGACGACUUCCAACUCAUUUUGAGGUUGUAGAUGUCUCUAAGUUCCUUGUGAGAAUCCCAGAGGAGCCAAAGGAUCUGAGCAGUCAGGAAGUUACAUAUAAGUCGAACACAGUCUCUGAUGAGCUGGCUCUGAAGAGCAGAGCCAGGCAAGACAGCGUGCCCCCUGUUCACACAGACAGUGCCCAAAAGGUCUUCCAGCCCCCAAGCUGUAACUCAAACAAAGGAGAAAUGCAGGAGAAUGACCUUUUUAAGGCUGAGUUUAUCCUGAUUACGGACUCCGGUGAAGAAGAUGAAGUAGCUACUGCCUCAAACAGUGCUCAGCAGGCUCCCAAUGGCUACGGGUCCAUCAGCGCCCAGCUGCUGGCUGCAUCCCAUGUGUCCGCUGGCAGCGAGGCAAGAAAAGCUCCUGGUGAUUUGCAUGGUUCAAGUGCUAUGCCUUCCCACAGCACUACUGAUCAGCAAAAACAGCAGCAGUACAAGAUCAAGACAAGCUACAAGGCAUUUGCAGCCAUCCCUACAAACACAUUACUAAUGGAACAGAAGGCAUUAGAAGAGCCAACCAAGACCGCUUUGACUGAAGGUACCACUUUGGACACUCACUCAGAGAUGUGCUCCCCUGCCCAACUUAGACAACAAACAGAAGAGUUGUGUGCUGUCAUUGACCAGGUCCUACAGGAUCCAUUGCCUAUGCGCCGAUGUGAAUCUUCUCCAAGUUUCUUGCAGAUGACCUCGGAGUCAGAUGUUGGCAAGUCGUCAACAGCAAUGCACAGAGCAGCUGGACGCGAAACCAGAUAUGCCAGUCUUUACAAAUCAGCACCUGUGGUCACGGAGAGUAAGCUGAGUGCACUGAAAAAGGAGGACCCUUAUCAACCAAACCCUUUUAAAAAGUACCUUGAAGAAACCAGUGAUCAGGAUACUGAGCAGCCCAGUCAUCCCAUAGUGCCUAUUCCAGAAAAUGAAACACUCGGCUCUGAGGAGGCUGCCACUGAAAGAGGUUCUGUUUAGCUGUAAUGCCUUGAAUUAGGAUCCAGAGCUAAAACCGUAAAGGAUUUUGAGGCCUGUUCCUACACUGAGAGGGA